AUGGAGGCCCCGCGUGUCCCCGAGCGGACUGUGCUCUUCCAGCGCGAGAGGAGCGGCCUGACGUACCGCGUACCCGCGCUGCUGCCCGUGCCCCCCGCGCCCACCCUGCUGGCCUUCGCGGAGCAGCGGCUCAGCCCCGACGAUGCCCACGCCCACCGCCUGGUGCAGAGGAGCGGCACGCUGGCCGGGGGCUCCGUGCGGUGGGGCGCCGCGCACGUGCUGGGGACCGCGGCCUUGGAGGAGCACCGGUCCAUGAACCCCUGCCCGGUGCACGACGCCCGCACGGCUACCAUCUUUCUCUUCUUCAUCGCGGUGCGGGGUCGCACACCCGAGGCCACGCAGAUCGCCACGGGCAGGAACGCCGCGCGCCUCUGCUGCGUGACCAGCCGAGACGCGGGGCGCAGCUGGGGCGCCGCCAGGGACCUCACUGAGGAGGCGGUGGGCAGCGCCGAGCAGGACUGGGCCACGUUCGCUGUCGGCCCGGGCCACGGCAUCCAGCUGCGCUCAGGCCGUCUGCUGGUGCCAGCCUACGCGUACCGCGUGGACCGGCGGGAGUGCUUUGGCAAGAUCUGCAGGACCAGCCCCCAUGCCUUCACCUUCUACAGCGACGACCACGGCCGCACCUGGCACCGUGGAGGCCUUGUGCCCAACCUGCGCUCGGGCGAGUGCCAGCUGGCUGCGGUGGACGGCCAGCAGGCCGGCAGCAUCCUCUACUGCAAUGCCCGGAGCCCCCUGGGCCGCCGCGUGCAGGCGCUUAGCGCAGAUGAGGGCGCCUCCUUCCUGCCUGGGGAGCUCGUGCCGGUGCUGGCUGAGACGGCCCGGGGCUGCCAGGGCAGCAUCCUGGGCUUCCCUGCCCCACUCUCCGGCAGGCCCAGGGGUGAGGGAUGGUCGGCAGGUGCCAGGAACCACCCCGAGUCCCCACGCCUCUGUCCUGGAGUCCAGCAACCCUCAGAGGAGGGUACUGCAGGCACCCAAGGGGACCAGGGGCUCGGCGGGAUGGAGGGGUGGAAGGACAGCCCUGAGGAGCCCGGCCCAGGGCCUGGGCUCAGUGGGACCAGGGACGCCUGGGCUCUGAGUCUCCCUGGGCCCCCUGCCACCCUGUCUCAGAGCCCCACCUGGCUGCUGUAUUCCCACCCGGCGGGGCGCAGGGCUCGGCUCCACAUGGGAAUCCACCUGAGCCAGUCCCCCCUGGACCCCUACAGCUGGACAGAGCCCUGGGUGAUCUAUGAGGGCCCCAGCGGCUACUCUGACCUGGCAUCCAUCGGGCCCACCCUCAAGGGAGCCCUGACCUUUGCUUGUCUGUAUGAGAGUGGGGCCAGGGUCUCCUACGAGGAGAUCUCCUUCUGCAUGUUCUCCCUUGCUGAGGUCCUGCAGAACGUGCCGGCGGGCCCUGCACCGCCCAGCCGUCGGGGCAAGCCUCAGGAGCGCUGCCAGCCUUCCCGAUGGGCUUUCUGGCCAGACCCAUUUGUAUGUCCCUAA